AGUGUGCCGGGCAAGACGUACAGUGUACCCGCUCUCUGGGAAAGUUAUCGUGAAUUCAACUUUUUGAAUGAUCAUUGGCACAAUUUAAACGAAGACGAAACAAAAACGAAGAUGCGGCAUCUCGUUGCAUCGGUGUUGCUAAUUUCACUGUUUCACUUUGGAUUGGUCGUCGGCCAACCCAACGCGAACGAACGCGGUUUGUUUCCUGUUAUAUUCAACUUGGCGGCUAAUGCUUUGAUCGAUGCCAAUGCAACCUGUGGAGAAAAUGGAGCUGAAACUUAUUGUAAACUUGUAGAACACAUUCCUGGACGGCCUGUACCUAACCCACAGUGUAGAGUGUGUGAUGCUUAUAGUCUGAAUCCAAGGAACAGGCAUUCUGUGGAGAAUGCUAUUGAUGGAACCAACAGUUGGUGGCAGAGUCCUCCUAUAUCAAAUGGUUUAGAAUAUCACUUUGUCACUAUCACACUUGACUUACAACAGAUAUUCCAAGUGGCCUACGUGAUUCUCAAGGCAGCCAACUCUCCCCGACCUGGCAACUGGGUUUUGGAGAAGUCCAUUGAUGGAAUUAACUUUCAACCCUGGCAGUACUAUGCAAUGUCUGAUUCUGAGUGUCUGUCAUUGUACAACAUUCAACCAACUAUCGGAAAUCCUCAUUAUAGUGCAGAUGAUGAGGUCAUAUGUACUUCGUUCUACUCCAAACUGAAUCCAUUGGAGAAUGGUGAAAUUCAUACCUCAUUGGUGAAUGGACGUCCUAGUGUUUUGAACCCAAGUUCUACUUUACUGGAAUUCACUUCUGCUCGGUUUAUCAGAGUUCGAUUACAGCGUAUUCGUACUUUAAAUGCCGAUUUGAUGACAUUGACAUCCAACGAACCAGGCUAUGUCGACACUUUUGUCUCCAGAAGGGCAUUACAUUGCGAGUGUGAACACAACACAUGUGGUGAUCAGUGUCAAGUGUGUUGCCCUGGUUACCGUCAAAAACCAUGGAGACCUGGAACCCAGGAGACUGGUAACAUCUGUGAAGCUUGUAACUGCCAUGGCCAUGCCACUGAUUGUUAUUAUGACCAAGGAGUUGCUGAUCGUGGAGAGAGUUUAAACAUAUACAGUGAAUAUGAUGGUGGUGGUGUGUGCAUUGACUGUCUCGAUAACACCAUGGGUAUCAACUGCGAAGUAUGCCUUGAUAGAUAUUAUAGACCAUCAGGUGUGGCCAGAACUGAUCCAAAUCCUUGUCGAUUGUGUAACUGUAAUGCGUACGGUAUACGGGAAGAACCUGGAUACGUCUUGGGAUCUUGUGUAAAAGACGACAGUAAUGUUGAAGAGGGUUUGAAUCCUGGUGAUUGUUUCUGUCGUGAGGGUUAUUCCGGUGCUCAUUGUGACAGAUGUGCUCGUGGUUACAAGGGAUUUCCUGACUGUCAGAAGUGUCCAUGUAGUAUUGCUGGUAGUGUCAACGAAGAUGUUUGUGAGCCUCCAUGUGUAUGUAAGGCUAAUGUUGUUGGUGUUGAUUGUGAUGUAUGUACACCUGGGUUUUUCAACCUAGCAGAGGACAAUCCUAGUGGAUGUACAGAGUGCUUCUGUUUUGGUAUCACUGAAGUCUGUGUUAGUACAACACUUCCUAAUGAACAGAUAACUCUUCAAGAUGGUUGGACUAUUACUGAUAAAGCGUUUACCCAGCAGAUGUUUGUAACAACAACUGAAGAUGACAACUCAGUGUUGUCUGUUGUCUAUGCUGAUGCUAAAAGAGUUAUUGGAUCUGAUGUAUUAUAUUGGAGUGCUCCUCAAGAAUAUCUUGGAAAUAAGUUGAAGUCUUAUGGAGGAGUGUUAACAUAUACAGUGGGCUAUGACAUCAUAGAUGGUGUGAAUAUAUCUACACCAAUUUUGGACUCGGAUGUUAUCGUAAAGGGUGGUGAUACAACAAUAAAACAACGUCCUAUCCGAUGGGUGGUGCCAGGCAGAUCGGAAACAUUUGAGAUUGCUUUCACUGAGCAGACUUGGUUCCAUGAAGAGAGUGAUCGUUAUGUCAGCAAAGUGGAAUUCAUGUCAUUACUGGCAAACUUGGAGAGUAUUCUAAUCAGAGCAACCUAUCACACAGCACAUCUAGACUCCAGAAUAUCUGACAUUUCACUUGAUAUCGCUGCAGACAAUGUCAACAACACCAAUAUCAUGUCAUCUGUGGAACAGUGUAAUUGUCCAUCAGGUUAUGCUGGCCUCUCAUGUGAGGAAUGUAUUACUGGCUAUCGCCGUAUCAACGGUGAACUGUUUGAAGGGAUUUGUGUACCAUGUGACUGUAAUGGACAUGCUGCAGAAUGUGAUGACAUCACAGGAGAGUGCAUAGAAUGUCAACACAACACAUAUGGUACUAACUGUGAAUUCUGUGUACCUGGUUACUAUGGCGAUGCAAAUGUUGGUACCCCAGGAGAUUGUAAACGAUGUGCUUGCCCAUUGAAAGAGUCUUCGAACAAUUUCAGUCCAACUUGUCAAGAGGGUGGAGAUACUGAUAGUUUUUAUUGUGAUCAAUGUCAGCCUGGAUAUGAAGGACCAAGAUGUGAUAGGUGCUCAGAUGGUUACUAUGGUAACCCAUUAGUUUUGAAUGAUACCUGCAAACCCUGUAUGUUUAAUUGUAAUAACAACCUUGAUGUCAAUUCGGAAGGGAAUUGUAAUAGCAUCAGUGGUGAGUGUCUGAAAUGCAUCAACAAUACAGCGGGUGCAUAUUGUGGGAGAUGCAUUGAUGGUUACUAUGGUGAUGCUAUUGUGGAAAAGAACUGUCAAGUUUGUCAGUGUUAUCGUCCCGGUGCAGUAACUGAGAUAUGUGACCACCGUACUGGGCAAUGUGAAUGUAAACCACACGUCAUUGGACAGCAUUGCAACAUAUGUGAGACUGGAUAUUGGGAUAUCUUGUCAGCUCAGGGAUGUAAUCCCUGUAACUGUAAUCUUAUUGGUUCGUUAGGAGUAGAAUGUGACAUCAUCCAGGGUCAGUGUUACUGUAAACCUGGUGUACAAGGAAGAACAUGCGACCAUUGUUUGUCUGGAUACUAUAACUUUACUGAAGACGGAUGUACAUUAUGUGAUUGUGAGAGAACUGGUGGAUCAUGUGAUGCACAGACUGGGGAAUGUAUCUGUCCACCCAAUACCAUUGGUAUGCGAUGUGAACAGUGUGCACCUGACACCUGGGGCUAUGACCAAAUAUCUGGAUGCAAGAUGUGUAACUGCAGUGAAGAUGGUUCAUCUGGAUCUCAGUGUAACAUUAUUACUGGACAGUGUGAUUGUCUGGCUGAUUACAGAGGUAGAGAAUGUAACCAGUGUCAGUUUGGAUUUCGAGACUUCCCUAGAUGCCGUGAAUGUAAAUGUAACAAUAAAGGCACUGAUGAUACUGGUUGUAAUGAAGAUGGUUUGUGUGGAUGUUCUGAUGAGGGACAGUGUGAAUGCAAGGACCAUGUUACCGGCAAGAGGUGCAAUAAAUGUGUAGAGUAUAGUUUUGGAUUACGUGAAGACUUAGCCACUGGGUGUACCGAAUGCUUCUGUUUUGGCAUCACUAAAGUCUGUCAACAAGCAGAUUACGUCAGAGAUCAGAUUGUUGUAACUGCUGCAGACAAUGGUUUCUUUGUUAGCGAUGAUCGUAGCAUCGUGCAAACUCAAGCUGGUGUAGUGUUUACUCCAGAUGAAGUACGCUUGAAUGCUACAGCGACCCUCAACUCGUUAGACACACCAACAACUUUAUACUGGAAUCUACCACAAAUAUUUCUUGGAAAUAAGAUUACUGCAUAUGGUGGUCGUCUGCGAUACUCUGUACAAUAUUCAGGCAUUGAUAUCGGUGAAGAUACAGUUUUUGAUAUUCUAAUCAAAGGUCCCCAGCAGACUCUGGUCAAGCAAUUAUUGAACCCAUUUGUUGGAGUUCCACAGACAUAUGAUUUGGAGCUUGUAGAGACUGAGUGGCAAUUACGUGAUGCUGAGAAAGCACCUCGUGACCUCUUUAUGAUGGUUCUACAGAAUAUACAGUCUAUAAUGAUUAGAGCCACAUACAGCAAGGACACAAUACAAUCUGUGUUACGUGAUGUCAGCAUGGAAGUUGGAAUACCAAGAUCAGAUAAUCCAUCCUUGAGUGAUGCAUUGGGUGUGGAAUCUUGUGAAUGUCCAGUUGGAUACAUUGGUAUUUCAUGUGAGGAGUGUGCUGCUGGCUAUGUACGUGUAUCUAACGGACCAUACCUCGGAUCUUGUAGACCAUGCACUUGUAAUGAACAUGGGAGUAUGUGUGAUCCUAACACUGGAAUAUGUGAGGAUUGUCAAGAUCAUACUAGAGGUCCUAUGUGUGAAACAUGUGAAGAAGGUUACUAUGGCAAUGCUACUAAUGGCACCCCUGAUGAUUGCCAACCAUGUGCUUGUCCUUUGAAAGAGUCAUCUAACAAUUUCAGCCCUACUUGUGUACUAGAUAAUGAUGGUUCACAUCGCUGUACAGAUUGUGAUACUGGAUAUACUGGUAGAUACUGUGACAGCUGUGAGGAUGGUUACUAUGGAAACCCUAGCACACUAGGAGAUAGAUGUGAAGAGUGUGAUUGCAAUGAACAAGGUGCUACAAGUCAGAUCUGUGAUAAACAAAGUGGUCAGUGUGAUUGUGAACCAGGACUGAGAGGAAGAGCCUGUGAUGUAUGUCAAACUAGACAUGUGUUAACCCCAGAAGGAUGCACCUCUUGUGACGAUACUUGUACUGGGCUAUUGCUAGAUGAGAUAGAAGCCCUGACAGCAAUGCUAGAAACACCAAAUAUUACCGGAAUUGUUCCUGCACCAUGGCCAAGACUUAGGGCUUUAGUUAAUGAAACUGAAAUAUUAGGGCCUCGAUUAGAAUCAUACAAGAAUGCAAAGAAGGCAGCUGCUCAGAUUGUGAUGUCAUUGCCCACCGGUGUGAGUGGAUUACAAGAUGAAAUGGAUGAGUUAUUGCAAAGGUCUGAAGAAAUGAAGGAUAAAUCUGGUCAAGUGAAUGAUCAAACCAGUAUUAGUAAUGAUAGAGCAAUGGAUGUUGAAAAACUACUCAUGGAUACGUUAGCAAAAUUGAAAGACCUCAUUAAUGAACUGGAGAAGCUUGUUGACAGUCUGUCUAGUCAGCCAGCGAUGGAAAAUGAAGCCCUUUUACAAGAGGCGCAGGACAUCCUUGAUGAGAUCAUGGCCAGAGAUUUCAGUGAUCAAGAACUCGCUGCAGAGGACGAGUUACAAUCGGCGAAGGAUGCUCUGAAGAAAGCUAAGAAGAAGUUCAUGAGGAAAGUCGAAGAAAACAAAGAGUUAACUGACCGUGUUAAUGGUACUCUAAUGGAUCUUAUGAUGAAAUUCAUGGAGUUAAUCGAAGAAAGUCAACAAUCAGAGAAAACAUCAGACGAUGUUAUAAAACAGAAUGAUGCCAAUAAUGACAUGAUUAAUAAUAUUCAGGAUAAAAUAAAUGAGAUAAAAAAGAACCAAGGUGAGAUUGUUGGAAUACUAGACAUGGGAAGACAACUCUUAGAAGAUGCUGCGGAUCUAUUAGCUGAGGGAUAUGUAGCACUUGAGGAGACUGUGGUACAGGCUGAAGGUUUGAAAGAUUCGUUGCCUGAUUUGAAAAACAAAGUUGGUCUGCUACAACAGAAUAUGAUUGGACUGCCUGAACUUGUUGUUAGAGCUGAGAGACAUGCUAGAGAAUUAGCUGAUUUCGCUAAUUACUUAGAGGAUUUGUUUCAGGAUACUCGUGAUUUAGCAGAAAUUCCAGUCCAGGCAGCUGAAGUGUACAAUGACAUAGUAGAAACUUUGGAUGAUGCCAAUAAAACUGCCCAUGAAGCAAAGAUGCUUGCUGAUGAGGCUUUGAAACAGGCUUCUGAAGGCACAGGUACAGAAGAGUCUUUAGCUGACAGAGCUAUGAAUUCCAAAGCAAGAAGUGAAUCCUUAGUUGAAGGAGCAGAAAAGAAGACGGACAAAGUAUUAGAACUAGAGGACAGAUUAGAAGAUGUGAAAAAGGAUAUUGAUACUAUCAAGAGUUCAUCAGAAACAAUCAAAACUACCAAUGAUGCCAUCAAAGCUGAACUGCCAAAUUUUGAUAAAGAGUUGAGCCAGAAAGCACAGGAUGCGUUACAGAAAGCACGAGGAGCCUCCGUGGCUGCGGCUGCUGCUAAGCAGAAGACUCAAGACGUUGUUGAUCUUUUACCAACUCAAAAACAGAAAUUUGAAACUCUGCAAGACAACACCGUGAACACAAAUGAGAACAUGGAUAUUGCUGAACGAAGCUUAAAUCGCGUGCAAAAUGCCCUUGGCCAGCUUCAAGACUUAACAGAUACCAUGGCAACCAAAGCAGCUGCUAUCCGCCAGCUGCAAUCUUUGAUGGCGAAUAAUCUGACUGAGAUUAAGGAUAAAAUAGAACAAGCACGAGGUCAAGCUAAGAGUAUUAAAGUAUCUGUGGGAUCCAGUGCCACCUGUAUCCGUGCUUACAGACCUGAAGUAUCUGCAAGUUUCCACAACAAGAUUGUCAUCAAUUUCAAAACAACCACUGCAGAUAAUUUAUUGCUUUAUAUUGGAUCAUCAGAGACUGCUGAUGAUUACAUGUCUAUGGAGACUAUCCAAGGUAAAGUGAAGUUUCAGUGGGAUGUUGGUGCUGGUAUUGGAAGUGCCACUCACCCAUUGAGUGUAACUGAUGGACAGUGGUAUAAAGCAGAAGCAGAAAGGAAUGGACGUGCUGGUUCCUUGUCUGUACAGCUGUCUACAGCCAAUACUGAACCAGAUAUUGUGAUUGGUCAGGCCCCAACAGGGUAUACAGUCUUAGAUAUUGAUAGUAGUAGUGAUCUAUUCAUUGGUGGUGUACCUGAUAAUUUUGAGAAUAAUGCAUUAAGUGUGAAGUUGUUCAGUGGAUGUAUUGGUGAGACACUCAUUGAUGACAGUGUUGUGGGAUUGUGGAAUUUCAAAGACUCUGAGGGAGAGUGCAGUGGCUGCAAAGAAAGUCCAAGACCAUCUCCUACCGCUGAUACAUAUCAAUUUGAUGGAACAGGUCAUGUGAUCAUGCCUAAGAUACGUAAUUGGAAUACGGAAACCACAGAAUUACAACUUGAUUUUAGAUCGUUUGAUGAAGAUGCACUGUUGUUUUAUAUAGCUGCUGAGGACAAGGUAAGAUCAGUUGAGAAAAUAGUUAAUAACAAAUGCAGGGUAAUUGUGUUGCCGUAUGAGGCUAGGCGUCUGUCCUUGAACAAUGAGGAAGUGGCAUCAGGUAAAUCACAGGGAACUUUGACAGGACUGACUAUAUCAACAGAAAUGUAUAUCGGUGGUGUGCCAACAGGUUUUGAUAUCAGAACUGGUGUCAGUGAAAAGAGUUUCACCGGAUGUAUGCGUGAAUUCUUGGUCAACCGAAAUGCCCAAGAGUUUGGAUCACAAAACAUAGCAUCGUUAGGUGUAACUGAUGGCUGUAUUAAAAAGGCCAUUAGAAAUGUUGGUAUAAUGGGUGAGGGAUAUGUUGAAUUACCUCCAGUGGACCUUGGUAAGGAUGGUGAUAUUACAAUAUCAUUUGCGACAUAUCAACCAGAUGCUUUGCUUCUAUUAGCUAAAAGUAUAAACAACAAACGCAAGAGACAGGUGAAUCUGGAUGCCUCAGGGGUGUAUUAUUCUAUAAUGCUUAAAAAUGGUAGACUACAAGUGCAGCUGAAUGCUGGUUUUGGUGGGGUGUUACUCACAACUAGGAAGUCAGAUGGCACAUUUAAUGAUGGUGAAUUUCAUGUGGUUAGCAUAGUAAAAGAAGAUAACAGCGUAAAGAUUUCUGUUGAUGACACAGCUUUCCGUGGCGGCAAAAUACCCAGUGGUCCGAAUGAAAUAUCAGUCAAUGUGCUUACCAUUGGUGGAGUGAGAUCAGAGUAUAAAGAUAAAGUUGGUGAUGCCGCAGAUGUAAUCAAUGCAUUCAGUGGAUGCAUACAGGAUAUAGUUAUCAAUGGAAUCUACAAGAUAUGUCUACAGCUACAUCAUUUGAGAAGGCUGACUUGGUCACUGUGCACCUGUAUCAGCUACCUUACCACCCACAGUACUGAAGGUCCACUACAGCCACCAGGUAGAUUAUUCAAAUAUUGAAUAAUACCAUUGGUUACUAAUAAGGGCAUGCAACUCGUGAAGAUCCUAUUGAAGUGAUGUUGUUAAACUUGUAUACGUCUAGGAAGGAAUUUCCAAAAAUUACAACACCUGUGUUCGUAAUAGCAAUACUAGUUGUUUACAGAAAA